AAUAGCAUUUGGGCCCAAUUCAUUUUGCCCAAUUACACCCUAGCUGUUUAUACACUAUAAAUAGCUCUAAACCCUACUCUCUCAACGCACAGCGUCGACACCAGAGGGGGAAAACUCAGCCGCUGCGUAGCCAUAAGAAGCCAUGGCUGUUCCUUUGUUGGACAAGAAGGUUGUGAAGAAGCGUGUCACCAAGUUUAAGAGGCACCACAGUGACAGAUAUGCUUGCCUCAAGACAAAUUGGCGCAGGCCCAAGGGUAUCGAUUCGCGAGUGCGAAGAAAGUUUAAGGGCGUUACCCUUAUGCCAAAUAUUGGCUAUGGCUCAGACAAGAAGACCCGCCAUUAUCUUCCUAAUGGAUUCAAAAAGUUUCUUGUCCACAAUGUCAAGGAGUUAGAAAUUUUAAUGAUGCACAACAGGAAAUACUGCGCUGAGAUAGCACACAAUGUCUCCACCCGGAAAAGAAAGGAAAUUGUUGAGCGUGCUGCUCAGUUGGAUGUGGUGGUUACUAACAAAUUGGCUAGGCUGCGCAGUCAGGAAGACGAGUAAGCUGUUGCGCGCAUGUUUUUUCUAAAUGUUUUACUUAGUAGAAUUCAGGUUAUCUAAUGGAGAGUUGCUAAAUUUUGUUUGGAUUUACAAGUGAUGCAACGAAGACAUGUUCUGGAUGAAACUUUAUUUAAGCAUAUAUUUCUUUUUUGGAUUAAAAA